AUGACAUUGUUGACUCGCAACAGUCGUGGGAAAGGAGCGGUGCCCUAUAGCGGGGAUGUGUUUCAGCGGCGCACGGUCGAGCGAGCCGCACGGAAGAAGAGGGGCGAGAUGCGGGGCAGGGGAGGAGUAGAGGCGGGUGCGGAGAGGGGGUUGGAGGGGAGGGGCGGCGGCAGGGGAGAGGAGGAGGCGUUACCAGGGUGGGUGGCGUGGGGGCAGCGGAAGAGACGACGCGAAUGCUUUCACGCGAGGAAAGGCAGUGGAGGGAGGGAUGGAUGGGGAAGUGGGGAAGUGAGUGAGGGAGACGGAGAGGCGAAAACCGAGGAACGGCAAUGGGGAUCGGAGCAGGGGGAGGGGAGCAUGGUGUACGAAAAGGGAGCAGCGAAGGACGUGGCAGGCGUGCGUGUGGAGGGCACAGGGAGUGGAAGCGCGAGUGACAUGCAGGGCAAAAGGGGCGAGGGGGGCGAGGGGGGAGCGCAUGGGAACAUGGCAAGUGGAAGGGCGAGUAGCGGCGAGGGGCGAGAGGCGAGCGGCGAGGGGCGAGAGGCGAGCGGCGAGGGGCGAGAGGCGAGCGGCGAGAGGCGAGAGGCGAGCGGCGAGGGGCGAGAGGCGAGUGGCGAGCAGACAGGGAUGAGCGGCAAUGGGGACGGAGGGGUAGCGGCGGCGAGAGGGAGUGAGAGCAGUGGGGGGUUGGCGCAGAGGGAGGCAGUGAGUGGCGGGGGUGGAGGCGGGGAGUGGCCCCUCGGCACGGUGCGGGGGGAAGCCUUUCACGCCUGCCAAGUGAUGGCCGGUGGCGGGUUGCACGGCAUCUCCCAACCCACCUGCUCUUUCCACCACGGCAUGCCGCCCGCUGCUUGCGCUGCCACGGGGCCUGCUGGGAGGGGCGCGGUGGGGACGGUUGCGAGAGAAGCAGAGGGGCAGCGAGUGACAGCGCCUGAGAAAACGGUCGGGGGGGGCACUGACGAGGUGAGAGGAGAUAAGACAGUGUCGUUGAAUGUGCUUAUAGGGAGGGGAACGCCAGAGAAGACGAAGAAAGAGGAAAAGGGCAUGGGCGUGACGGUAUCGGGAAGGAAGGAGGAGUGGGGUGCACAAGGGGACAGGGGCGAGAAAGUGGUCUCCGUGAACGUGCUUAUAGGGAGGGGCACACUGGGACGGGCUAGGAGUGAAACGGGGAGAGGGCGAGGGAACAUAAGUGGGGGCGAGUGGGAGGGGUCAGAGGGCGGCAAAGUGGUGUCGAUGAACGUGCUGAUCGGGCGCGAGGUGGAGGAGCACGCACGCACGGAGGCGAGCAGGUGGAAGGAGGGCACCCGCGCAGAGGGGGGCACCCGCGCAGAGGGGGGCACCCGCGCAGAGGGGGGCCACCAGCUGCAUGCUGUGGGCGGCGGUGAGGGCAGAGGCGGUGAGGGCAGAGGCGGUGAGGGCAGGUGGGAAGGCAGCGAGGCGACAAGGCAUGGGCAGCAAGAGGGAGAGGGUGGCUGGCGGGACGGCGUGGCAGGCGCCUCUGUUGGCGCUGCGAGGGCGGGCGGAGGGGCUUGCAGCAGUGCGGGUGACAUGGUGGCGGUGGGGCAGGGCGGAGAGGACGAGAGAGGGCGAGAUGGGAAUGGAUGUAGAGGCAUCGAGGGGAAAAGGCAUGGGGGUUUGGGCGGAAACAGUGAGAGGAAUAGCGAGGGAGAGAAGGAGGGUGUGGGCGGGGAUAGGGAUAGAGAUUGUGAGGGAGGGAGGGACUCGGGGGAGGAGCUGCUGGUGGUGGUGAGGACGAGGGGCGAGGGGGCGAGAGAGAGAGAAGGGUGCAUGGAGAGCGAUGAGGAGAGUGAGGUAGCUGUGCGAGCACGUGGAGGUGUGCAGUGGGCGGGAGUGGGGGAGGCUGCAGGAGAAGCAGCAAGAGGAGCAGGGGUGGGAGCAGAAGGUGAGGAAGCAGUGAGGGGGCAGUGGAGGGAUGCAGUGGAGCAGCGGCGUGCACGUGUGGGCACGAGAGCAGCGGGCAACGAGCGCCCACCACGGCUGACUGCUGGCGGCCCAACAGCUGCGCAUGCCUUGCUGCGUGCAUCCACCGCAACAGCCAUGACUGCGUUCUCACCUAAUGGCCUGCCAACGCCUGCCGCUGCUCCACCUCACAUCCCUCCGCCCCAACGCUCUGCCGCCACCCACCCAGCGCUGCCCCCUCGCCCUCCGCCUCCUGCUGCUGCCCCCCUUCCACUCCUCCGCCUGCCCCCUCCACCUGCUGCCCAGCCCCAGGUCAGCAGGCCUCACGCUGCCAGGCUGCCCUGCAGGGGCGCACAGCCAUCGCAAUCUGCUGCCGCGCCUCCUCACUCCAACGCCCCGCCUCUGCCCUGCCCGCUUCCUCCCCGUGCGCCCACACUCCCACUCCUCACCCUUCCCACGCCUCUCCCACAUUGCACGCCCUCGUGUCCCACUCCCAUUCCGCCAACACCCCAAGCCACCCUUGAAGAGACUCCCAAGUCCCCCCCUUUGGCUCGCCCAGCCGUGGACGCGUCCAGAUGUGCCGGCCUGGUGGGCACUGCCUCGUUUGGGCCGCGCCUCGUGGUGCUCGCCCUGCCCGCAGCUGUGCGCAUGGGAGCUGACGCUGUGAGGGGGGCAGUGAAGGUGGAGGGAAAGAGAGCAGUAAGAGCUGUGGUGAAAGAGGGAGAGAGGGCAGGGGGAGGUGAGAGGAGAGCGAGGGGUGAGAGGGAGGUGGGAGGAGUGGAUGGAAGGAGAGGCAGGGUGGUGAAGGAGCGAGGCCGGUGGGACGAGGCGCGAGAUCAGGUGAAGGAGAGGACGGGGCAGGCAGGGGGGGAGGUGAGGAGAGGGAAGAGGCGUGCGGAGAAGGGGGUGGAGAGGGGGCGAUGGGAAUGGGAGGGGUGGGCGAUGAAGCGCGGGCGAGUGGCUCGAGGCAACGCACGCAAGGGGAUGCUGCCUGCCGUGCCCACUUGGGGGGAUGGUGGGGACGGCCACAUGGGUGCUCGCUCACAUGCUCAUGCUCAUGCUGUCACCACUGGGGCCAAUGGCUGCGAGGGCCGCGUCGUCGCUUAUCCGUGCAACACCUCCCAAGGCGGUGCUGCCUCCACUGGCACAUGCGGGGAUGCUGCACGUGUGGCUGCUUCCAGCACUGCUGCUGACCACCCCCCCUGCACCCGCCGUGAGCGCGGGGUGCAGCGUCUCACCCUGCGCCACCCCCAUGGCCACGCCCCGCCGCCCGCUGCUGCCCCGCGCUCAGAAGGCGCGUCUGACCCGUGGCAGGGGCUGCUGUGCUCUGGUGCACGGCAGGCCGGCAGCGGGCAGGGCAGUGAGACAGGCAGUGAGGAGGAGAGUGAGGGGGGCAGUCAGAAGGGGAGUGGGGAGGACAGUGAGGAGGGAAGUGGGCAGGGCAUUGAGGAGGAAAGUGAGGAGGAAAGUGGGGAGGGAAGUGGGGAGGAAAGUGAGGAGGAAAGUGGGGAGGGAAGUGGGGAGGGAAGUGGGGAGGGAAGUGGGGAGGGAAGUGGGGAGGGUCUACUGAGUGCGGAGGGUCUACUGAGUGGGGAGGGCCCCCGAAUAAGGAAAGUCUGGCGGCGGUCAGAGCAGGGCAGUGAGGCAGAGGCGGGAGGAAGGGCGGAGGGCGAGAGGCACAGGCAUGUGGAGAAGGUGGAGAGGCGAGUGCGAGGAGAGCAGGCGGGGCGCACGCACGGGUGCAGUGGGCGAGAGAUGCUGGGCGCUGGUGGUGGCCGGCGAGAGCAGCGCCGGGCACACGGGGCGAGGGUACACAGGGCGAGGGCCGGAGAGUGUGGGGCAGCAUGGCAUGAGCAGGGCAGCGGCAGCAGCGAUGGUUUGAGUGAAAGCAAUGGAGGCUCGAGUGCGAGUGAGAGCACGAGUGCGAGUGAGGAGAUGCAGUCUCCCCCACACAGCAAGUGCCGUCACAACAGCCUUGCUGCUGCACGUGCCGGGCUGGCAGAGCAAGGCGGAACACGUGCAUGCCGAGGGGGAGGAGGAGGAGUAGACGCGGUAGCGGAGGAGAAGCAUGCGAGAGGUGCAGAUGGGGGAGAGGAUGAGCAGUUGGACCUAGCAGUGAUGGCGGAGCUGGCGUCCAUUAAGGCGCGGCUCGAAGGAGCGCUGCUCUCCAAUGCAGCAGCGGGGCAAGCGCGAGUGCUGCUGUGGUACCUGGCCAGCCUCGACAUCUCUCCGCCUCUCCUGCGCCACUCCGGCCUCCUCUCCUGCAUCGCCCGCCUCGCAUUUCCCUCCCACCACUCCCACGUGCCCACGUCAUCACCAAACCUCAUGCCGUGCCACCCACCUGCGGCUGCCGCCGCUGCUUCUGCUGCUGCCGCUGCGCCACGCCAUGUGGGCGGGCAGAAGGCAGGCGAGGCAGGGCGGCAGGCGCAGCAGGUGGAUGAGAGGGUGAGGCGCCUGCUGGCGGAGCGAGCAGAGGUGCUGUGCAGGCAGUGGCGUGGGGAGGGGUGGUGA